CUGUCAGAGAAAUAGGUAUGCUCGUGCAGUUGGCCAUUCCUUUUUGGGUAUGUAUUGUUAUGUUUCAGCUUUUAUGGGAUUUGUUGCAGAUGCGCUUUCAACUUUUGGCAUGUUAAUGAGCUCUUAGUUGAGAUUUUCAUUGAAUAAAUCACGUUCUUGUCCAUUUAGCUCUUUUGUCCAAAGCGUGUAAGCAAUCUAGAGGCAGUCAGAUAGAAGCCUUUUCACAUCCCUUAGAAGUUUUUUAUUACAGAAAAGCAAAUAUUCGUGUUCAAAAAUUCUAGCAUGCAUAAAUAGUCAGUAAUUACAGAAUGUUUUCUUCUUGCUCCAUAAAUAUACUUGUACUAUUGGAAAAUAUUCACAAACCCAGGGAAGACGAGUGAGAAGCUGAUAAGAAAUGAUAUUCUUCAUUUUCUAAUGUGAUUAUUUGAUAAAGUAUAUCCCAAAGGAGGCUGACCAUUCUUCGGAAAAUGGUUGGCUUUUUUUACAAGUACGGGUCUUUGAUUUUAGAAUAUUUCAUAGCCCAUCUACUAAUGUGUCUAUAACAGCGAUAACAAGGACAAAAGGGGGCCAGGAUGGUGGGCUUUCCCCUACGCUUCUGAGUUAAUUUAAGUUGUUGGGGUUUGAAAUAAGUGCACAUUUGAGCCCAACUUUGUUUGACGCUAAAGUAAUCUGUCUAACACCCUUUGCUAACGUUUCAAAUUUGAAUUUAACUGAGACUCAGCCCACUUGAGGUUAACUAUUUAAUUCAUUUUUAAUUUUGGAAAGGAACGUAUUUGAAAGUUUAGGCCAUGUUGGACAAUGGACAUUGAUGUAAUCAUUGAUAGUAGCUAUAAAUUCAUUUUUCAGAUUCUGGUCCUUUAGGUAGAAUUUUUAGGGGCUGGACUGAAAACUUCUUUGCUGGAUAAUGUGGCAUGGGGUGGCCCAGGAAUGUUGCCUGAUUUAAUUGACAUUGUAGAGAUAUAAUAAAUAGAAGAAAUAACUGAAUAUUACGUAACAUGUUCGACAAAAAUUUAUAUAAUGUAUGAGAUGUCAUUUAAAAUUCGAUUUGUAUACUAGGUUGUUUUAUUUAAUAUAUUUUAUUGCAUCUUGUAGUAUCCGCAGACAUGGCUCAUGGAGUUCAUCCAAAUUUUAUGGAGAAGCAUGAAGAACACCAGCGCUCGGAAUUGCAGAAAGGUCUAGUCAUCAAGCAUAAUGCUAACCAGCCAUGUGCUACAAGUGCGGUUACGUCAUUUCUUUUCAAAGAAGUUGCCAGAAUGAAUAAUCUUCCAACUCAGGAGUUUGUGGUGAGGAAUGAUAUGGGAUGUGGAUCCCCUAUUGGUCCAAUACUAGCUUCAGGAGUUGGGAUUCACACUGUUGAUUGUGGCAUAGCUCAGUUGUCCAUGAACAAUAUCAGAGAGAUUUCUGCAAAGGAAGAUGUAGACUUUGCAUUCAAGCACUUUAAGGCAUUUUACCAAACAUUUUCGAGCAUAGACAAGAAGCUUCUCACCGUCGAUUAG